AUGGACCACUCUACAAUUUCAAUUAGCGAGGGAGAUGAGUUGGCAGUAGUUCGGAGAUCGACGUUGGACAGUCUCCGCAGCAGCUUAGACUCUGGGGAGGACAAUGUGGACAACAUCAAGUACCCCCGAGAAACAGGCAGUAUCUCGGUUUCGGAGCAUUCAACUUCAACGUGGAAGAGUGAACGAGAAAAGGUGGAGGAGUUCACCAUUCAACGCAACCUUGAGAAGCUUCGAGUGUUUUAUCAGGUGCUACAGGUGGCCAUGCUUUGUCUGAUCACGGGUGUUCUGCUGACAGGCUUGACCGAGAUUUUGUGGCGCCUCAUUCCAGCAGGCUGGCUAUCUGAAAGCAUCAUUAGUGGCAUUGCAGCCCUGGCCUGGUUUCUCACAUCGAUGACCAUUGUCGUUGUCUCACUUUGUCCCCAAGAGGAAUUGGACAUUGAAGCCUUUGUGGCCUCACGGCCGGGUCUCACGGCCAGGUUUGCUCUGUUGCCAGGAAUCACUGGAGGAAUGAGAGCCUUGGAAUUUCCCUUCCCACGAUGGAUCUCCAUUGUUGUGGCAAUAGCUUGGCUGUUGCAGGGCUGUGUGGGCUGUUCCUGCUGCAUUCGCUGCAACUGUGGCAGAAAAGCACGCCGCUACUUUCGGAUGCUAUCGUUCGUAGACUUGAUGCAGCUCUGGUACCUGGAUGUGAUUCUUUCAAGUGCCAUCAAUGAAGCUGCGAUGGAAGAGCCUGGGAUUUGGACCUCUGUCUGGCUGUUGGUCCAUGCUGCUUUCGCUAUCAUUAUAGUUCUAUGGCUUCGGUGGAGGAGCAAUCUUCGGAAGACGGAAACCUUUCACCUGGCAAGCUACUUGGCCCUGAGCUGGAACAGUAGCUACUUCGCAUGCCGUGCCAUCGACCUGACUCUGGGGCACAAGGAGUGGGAAGAAGGGCGGCAGGAGGACAUUGCCAUCAUGGCGGCAAUGGGCUUUGCUUCCCUGAUCCUCUUCCCGAUGCUCUUUACCAUCUUGGUGGGACAGAGGCGAUUGUUCCACAAGUUGGCCACCUGGCUGGAGCAUUCACGGAGCCGCCGGCUGCAAGAUGGAGCCUUCAUGGCGAUGCUGCUGGACUCCUAUGUGGUGGAAGUUGGUCAACCUUGGUGGCCGACUGAAAAGGAAGUGGCAGCAUGUCAGGGAAACCUCAAGGUCAAAGCCGCACCCAAGGAAGAUUUGCUUCGGGCAUCUUACUCCUCUAUAAGCGUGGACAUAUCCCAUCAACACGAGCCACGCCCCGGCUUUGUGGCGGGCGUAGUCAUUGCUGCAGCUGACGAUGCCUUGAGUUUUACGGUAGAAUGCCAGGUGGAUGCACAGACUGUGCAGAUUGUCGAGGUCGAGCGUGGCCAAGAAGUCUUGGCAUGGCCUGAACUGCUGAAGAUGGGCCGAAAAAACCUGCGAUGUGUCGAUUGGGCCGCGCUGAGUCCGGAGGUUUUGCGCCAAAAUUCCCCCAGUUUUUCUGAUUUCAGGCUAUCCCGACCUGCGAACCGUGGCGAAGUUAUUGAUUUUUUCGUCUCGCACUCUUGGUCUGACAGUCCAGCUCAGAAGUGGAGAGCUAUGCAGCUGGUGGUUGAGCAGUUCUAUCAGAAGAAUGGCCGAUAUCCAACAUUCUGGAUUGAUAAAUUUUGCAUUGACCAGAAUGAAAUCGCAGACGGCUUGCGAGUUCUGCCAGUGAAUGUCAUGUCAUGUCGGAAGAUGCUAUGUCUCAGUGGAAAGACCUAUCACAACCGGCUUUGGUGUGCCUGGGAGCUGUGUGUUUUGCUGUCCUUCAUGUCAAUGGAGAUGGCCCUGAAGCAGAUAGUUGUUAUCGCGCUGUCUCAAUCCGCGUUGAUGGAACUCACCAGUUUUGAUUGCUCCAAAGCUCGCUGCUACAAUCCCAACGAGGAGUUUCGAUUGCGUCGAGUGAUCGACGCCAUCGGCAAGCAUCGCUUUGAGAUCAAAAUUCGCGCUUUGGGGCAACGUGGCCGAACGCAACAGCUCCUGGAUCGGGACGUGAAUGGUGGAGGUUUGCUAACUGCGGGCAGUGGCAACAUGAGCUUUGCGUUCAGCAGUGAAGGCUCAGCCCAGCUCUUUGCGCGCGUAGAGGAGCCCGUGGAGCCUGUGGAGGCUGUGGAGCCUGUGGAGGAGGAUCCUGUGGUGGAAGUGGCGUUUUGA